CAAUGUUAUUAUUUUUUUGCUACCGUUUCAGUAACUGUCUAUACGUAAUUCGUUGGUUAAACAUUUCAAAGCUAUGAAUGUUUACUACUUUGCAACAGUUUUUGCUGGGCUUCUCCCUGGACUGAUUACCGGCAUUUACGAAGCCUGGACUUCUGUCUACAUUCCAAAACUGAUAAAUGAAAAUUCGGUCACACAUUCGGACGGUUCUUGGAUCACCGUAUCACUAUGUGUUGGAGGAGUAACAGGAGCUCUUAUCUAUUUUCUACUUUUUGAUAAAUUGGGACGCAAACAAUUACUCUUGACGACUGCAAUUCCCUUCUUGGUGUCACCUCUAAUGCUGGCUUAUGGCAAUUCUAUUGCAGUUUUUUGCACAGCUAGAUUUAUCGCUGGAAUCGGAAUUGCUGGGUAUUGUACAACCAUACCGCAAUUUUUUGGAGAAAUUGCACAUGAGACGGUAAGAGGGGCCUUGAGCACGUGGAUCUUUAUUAUGCAAAUUUUUGGAAUGUUGUUUAUCAACGUUAUAGGUUCAUAUUUGAGUAUUAAAAUAAGUUCUUUUAUUAUAUUUGGCUUCGGAGUUGUGUUUUUGGUACUUUUCAUUUGGUUCGUUGAAAGUCCCUAUUUUCUGAUUAUGAGGGGAAGAAAUCAUGAGGCAACAAAGUCUCUACAAAUAUUUCGAAAUAAAAACGAUGUUGAUGUUGAUUUUAAAAGGAUAAGUCAAACGGUGGCCAAACAAAUCGAGAACAAAGGACAAUUUCUUGAUUUGUUCAGAAUCAAAUCGAAUCGGAGAGCUUUGAUGAUUUUAUUUAUUGCUGUCAAUGCCAAGCAAUUAACUGGUGAUUUCACCUUUGAUACUUACUCUCAAACAAUUUUUAACCAACUUUGUGACAUAUCACCGAUGAUGUUUGCGGUGAUUUUUUAUUCAGCCAAACUGGUGGUAAUUUUUUUUUCUUCUUACUUUAUCGAUAAAAUUGGACGUCGGCCAACAUUUCUAAUUUCGCUUUUCACUUCUGGUGUAAUUUUUCUAAUUAUUGCAGCCUACUUACAUGUGUCUUUACACACAGAUUUGAUCAUUACUGAGUUUAUCAAAAAGAUUAUGAUUUUUGUUAUGGUGUGUUUUACGAUAUUUUACAGUUUAUUGUUAGCUGUUCCCUGUAUGUUGGUGGGUGAAUUGUUUCCAAUAAAUAUGAAAGCUUUCGUUUCAUUGUUGUUUGUUUUACAUUUUUUCAUAGUGUCGUUUGCAACAACCAAACUCUUCCAGGUUAUAACCGAUUGUGAAUUUCUCGGUAUGGAUGUUGCUUUUUUUGCCUACUCGAUAUCUUGUUUUGUACAUUUUUUAUUGGUGUAUAAGUUUUUAUUUGAAACGAAGGGUAAAACAUUGGAAGCGAUACAAAUUGAAUUACACAAUAUGAGUGCAAUAUAAUAAAAUAUUACAAAAUAUGUAGAUAUAAUUUUUUGUAAGUGUCCUAUGUAUGUACGACAAAUAUUUUUGUACAUAUUUUUUAUUUACAGUAAAAUAAAUAUUUAUUUCUUUUUC